AUGGCUGUCCUUACCACUCUGACGAUUUUGAGUCUCGUCGCGGGGUUUGUAUAUGCUUUACUGACUGUCGGCCACAGAGACCCGAGAUACCCUCCUGGUCCACCAACGCUUCCGUUCAUUGGUAACCUCCAUCAGCUUCCUACAAAACACAUAUAUCUCAAAUUAACUGAAUUCGCCAAAAUAUAUGGCGGCCUGUAUACCCUCAAAUUCGGAACAGGCACAGUAGCCGUGAUCACCGAUCGACGGAUCGUCCGAGAGCUUCUAGACCGCAAAAGCUCCACUUCAAGCGCAAGACCGGCCUCGUACAUUACACAAAAAAUCAUUAGUGAUGGAGACCAUCUCCUCACGGUGCCAUAUGGACAGUACUGGCGAACGGCCCGCAGAACCAUCCACCAGCACUUUAUGGAAUCCAUGUGUGAGCAUCACGACAGGAUUCAGCAUGCAGAGGCGGUGCAGAUGCUCAGAGACUUUGUUUUUGAGCCGGAGAAGUAUAUGCUGCAUCCGAAGCGGUUUAGUAAUAGCACUAUUACUAGUAUUUUGUAUGGGGUACGAUCUCCCUCGUACGAGUCCACACAGCUGAAACUGCUCUAUGAAAUAAUGGACCAUUUCACCACGGUUAUGGAACCAGGAGCAAUGCCACCGGUUGACAUCUACCCAUGGCUCAAAUACAUCCCUGAACGCUUCCUCCGGAACUGGGUAUCGCGAGCCACUCAAGUCAAGCACGAAAUGCACUUUUUAUACGAAAGCUUUUUGCAGCACAUAAUCCGGCGUAGAGAGGAACAAGGUAGCAAGGAUAGCUUCCUAGACAAGAUCCUUGAUAAUAACGGCAAACCAAAUUUUACACAUAAUCAGAUGCGCUUUGUCGGCGGUAAUAUCAUGGAAGCUGGCUCGGAUACAACUGCAAACGUCCUUACGGCUUUCAUUCAGGCAGUGACGAAAUGGCCGCGGGUUCAACGGAAAGCGCAGGAAGAGAUUGAUGCAAAGAUUGGAGAAGAUAGGACCCCGAACUGGGCAGAUUACAGCAGUCUGCCGUAUGUGGCAGCUAUUGUCAAAGAGACGAUGAGAUGGCGGCCGGUGACGCCGCUGGGGAUUCCGCAUGCACUAGACGAAGAUGAAUGGGUCGAUGGGAAACUGUUGCCCAAGGGAACUACGCUCAUCAUGAAUACCUGGGGUCUCCACCACGACGAGAAGCAAUUCGCCAAUCCCGACGUUUUCAACCCAGAUAGAUAUGCAGGGAAAACGCUGUCUGCAGCAGAAUAUGCAAUUUCGCCUGAUUACGAGAACCGUGAUCACUAUGGUUACGGCGCUGGUCGACGUCUGUGUGUUGGCAUCCAUUUAGCAGAGCGGAACUUGUUCCUUGCCAUGUCGAUGCUGUUGUGGGCAUUCAAUUUUGAGAAAGAGAUUGACCUGGUAACCAAGAAGCCUUUGGAGCCGGAUAUCAGUCCGCUCACGGGUUAUCAUGAAGGGAUUGUGACUAGUGCGAAGCCUUUUCCGUGUAAAGUUACGCUUCGUUCGGAGGCAAGACGGGAGACGAUACUGCGAGAAUUUGAGGAUGUUGAGGUUGAGAUAUUGUCAAAGUAUGAGACGUCGAUUCAUUUGGGCAAGUGA